CUCCACCUUCCCACCCGCCCGUCACCUCUUGCCCUGUGUUGUCACNCAGAUGACUUUGAAGAUGAGAAGCAGAAACCUCGAAGGAAGUGCUCUUUCCCGAAAGUUUCUCAAGGAAAGAGGAAGAGGGGCUGCAGUGAUCCAGGGGACCCCACAAAUGGUGCAGCAAAAAAGAAAGUGGCCAAGGCCACUGCUAGAUCCAAGAAUCUCAAGGUUCUGAAGGAGGAAGCACUCAGCGACGGGGAUGACUUCCGGGACUCACCAGCUGACUGCAAGAAGGCAAAGAAACACCCAAAAAUCGAGGUGGUGGACCAAGGCACUGAUGAAGAUGACAGCGAGGAUGACUGGGAGGAGGUGGAAGAGCUUACUGAACCUGUGCUGGACAUGGGAGAAAAUUCUGCCACCUCACCGUCUGACCUGCCUGUGAAGGCGGUGGAGAUUGAAAUUGAAACACCACAGCAGGCGAAGGAACGGGAAAGAAGUGAGAAGAUAAAGAUGGAGUUUGAGACAUACCUGCGGAGGAUGAUGAAGCGUUUCAAUAAAGAAGUACACGAGAACAUGCACAAGGUUCACCUGCUAUGCCUGCUGGCCAGUGGCUUCUAUCGAAAUAGCAUCUGCCGACAGCCAGAUCUGCUGGCCAUUGGCCUCUCCAUCAUUCCAAUUCGCUUUACCAAGGUGCCACUUCAAGAUAGGGAUGCCUACUACCUUUCAAACCUGGUAAAGUGGUUCAUCGGAACCUUCACUGUCAACGCUGACCUUUCAGCCANCGAGCAGGACGGCCUGCAGACCACCUUGGAAAGGAGGAUUGCCAUUUACUCAGCGAGGGAUAAUGAAGAGUUGGUCCAUAUAUUUCUUCUGAUUCUUCGGGCUCUGCAGCUGCUCACCCGGCUGGUCUUGUCUCUGCAGCCCAUUCCACUGAAGUCAACUGUGUCGAAGGGGAGGAAGNCUUCCAAGGAGACAUCUGUAGAGGGUCCUGGAGGUUCUUCAGAACUCUCUAGCAACAGUCCAGAAAGCCACAACAAACCCACGACCAGCAGGAGAAUCAAACAAGAAGAAACCUUGUCUGAGGGCAGAGGCAAGGCAACCGCCAGGGGGAAGAGAGGCACGGGCACUGCGGGUAGCAGGCAGCGGAGGAAGCCUUCCUGCAGUGAGGGAGAGGAGGCCGAGCAGGAAGUCCAGGGCCGUCCACAUGCCCGGAAGCGGCGUGUGACNGCCAAGGUGUCAUACAAAGAGGAGAGUGAGAGCGAUGGGGCAGGCAGCGGCUCUGACUUUGAACUGUCCAGUGGGGAGGGCCAACGUUCCUCUGAUGAGGAUUGUGAGCCUGGCCCUCGCAAGCAGAAGAGGGCCUCAGCUCCUCAGAGGACAAAGGCUGGGUCUAAGAGUGCUUCCAAGACCCAACGCGGAAGCCAGUGUGAGCCAUCAAGCUUUCCAGAGGCAUCUUCAAGCUCUUCAGGCUGUAAGAGAGGCAAGAAGGUUUCCAGUGGUGCUGAAGAGAUGGCAGAUAGGAAACCUGCUGGUGUAGACCAGUGGCUGGAGGUGUACUGUGAGCCACAGGCAAAGUGGGUGUGUGUGGACUGUGUGCACGGUGUGGUGGGCCAGCCUGUGGCCUGUUACAAAUAUGCCACCAAACCCAUGACCUAUGUUGUAGGCAUUGACAGUGAUGGCUGGGUCCGAGAUGUCACUCAGAGGUAUGACCCAGCCUGGAUGACCACAACCCGCAAGUGCCGGGUUGACGCUGAGUGGUGGGCUGAGACCUUGAGACCCUAUCGAAGCCUACUUACGGAGAGGGAGAAGAAGGAAGACCAGGAGUUUCAGGCAAAGCACCUGGAUCAGCCUUUGCCCACCUCCAUCAGCACAUACAAGAACCACCCUCUGUAUGCCCUGAAGCGCCACCUCUUGAAAUUCCAGGCUAUCUACCCUGAGACAGCUGCGGUGCUUGGAUAUUGUCGUGGAGAAGCAGUCUAUUCCAGGUGCAUGAAGCAUCCUCCUUGUCUUCCUGGUGGUCUGGUGCCUUACAGUAGAACAAUUGUCGUCGAGCAGGAAGCAUUUCUUAUAACCAGGCCGUUUCCUCUGGAGCAGAUGGUGAAAGGCUUCUCUAACCGUGCCCGGAAAGCCCGGCUCUCGGAGCCCCAGCUGCAUGACCACAACGACUUNGGCCUCUAUGGUCACUGGCAGACGGAAGAGUAUCAGCCUCCUAUAGCUGUCGAUGGGAAGGUGCCUCGGAAUGAGUUUGGGAACGUGUACCUCUUCCUGCCCAGCAUGAUGCCCGUCGGCUGUGUCCAGAUGAACCUGCCUAACCUGCACCGGGUGGCGCGCAAGCUGGGCAUCGACUGUGUGCAGGCCAUCACUGGCUUCGAUUUCCAUGGAGGCUAUUGCCAUCCAGUAACUGAUGGCUACAUUGUCUGUGAGGAAUUCAGAGACGUGCUGCUGGCUGCUUGGGAGAAUGAACAGGCCAUCAUUGAAAAGAAGGAGAAGGAGAAAAAGGAAAAGCGGGCGCUGGGGAACUGGAAGCUGCUGGUCAGAGGACUGCUCAUCAGAGAGAGGCUGAAACUGCGCUAUGGGGCCAAGAGCGAGGCAGNNGNUCCCCAUGCUGCUGGAGGAGGACUCUCUUCUGAUGAAGAGGAAGGGACCAGUUCACAAGCAGAAGCAGCCAGAGUCCUGGCUGCCUCCUGGCCACAGAACAGAGAGGAUCCAGAACAGAAGCCCGAGUACACUAAGAUGACUCGGAAGAGGCGGGCGGCAGAGGCUUCCCACCUCUUUCCGUUUGAGAAGCUGUGAAGCCAGUGUCCUCCAGCCAGAGAAGGCAGACAGCAAGCAGAUGGGCUGAGGACUACAGGCCAGAUGGGAGCUGUGCAGCAGAUCAGUCUGACACCAGCCCAGCCAGAUCCCCAUAGGCUGGUGCUGGUGAGCUGCUGUUUGGACCACUUUCCUGGGAAAUACCUUCGGAUCCCUGGACCUUGGUAUCUUUAGAAAUGUGAGUUUGUUUUAGAGGGUCUUAUUUGUUGCCCCAGCUGGCUUCAAAUUCAAAAUUGCCCUGACUUAUACUUAGGGCUGAGAUUACAGGCGUAUACCACAAUGCCUUAUCUGUCCUUUAUUUCUGUUUUUAAAUAGAACUCACUGGGAAAUUAUGGGUACUGGAGCACUGAGACAAAUCUUCCUUUAGUGCCGUUCACAACGCUUGCUUUCCUCUCCUUCAGACCCAGGGCAUUUGCUUUUCAGGCCUGCCUUCCUGAGUCAGGUUUCCAGUACUGCCUGCUGCUCUUUUGUCAGAGAACACAGGUCACCUCUUGUCAAGGCACUUUUGGGAUUUUACACUGACAGAAGACUAGAACAAAGAGCUAAAAAUCAAGAAUGAGAAAAGAAAACAAAUAGAGAAUUAUGAAAAUGUUCAUAAAAGAUUAGNUUUUGGUUACAUUUUACUCAAUUCUGGAUGCAUUUACUCUGUACUGAUGAUACAUUUUCUAAGCUGCUCUAUGCUCUUCUCAGGAAAGAGUCCUUUUAUAGGACCUCCAGGAAAUAAAGCAUUUACCUAAAAACCCCUGGCUGCAAAUUUUUUUUUCAGGCCUUAAACCAGCUAAGAAGGUCCGGCUAACAGAUUUCAGUGUUUGGUUAGAAAGCACAGGUAUUUUCACAGGGGCUNGGAACUCCUCACACACCAAGGAAGCGUUUUGUGUGUGACCAUAUUUGAUAUUGCUUCAUCUUUGAGUCUUUAAAAUGUUGAGUCACUCUUACCAAGGCAAACAAACAAAACACUUGGGG